GAAUCUGCCCAGCUCAGAGCUUCUCAACAAGUGCAACAGGUUCCCUCCAUACACCCAAACACCUGUCGCCAACGGUAACCAGAUGGGACCCAAACAAAUCGGGCCGAAAUUUUCCUACGGAACAUUUCGGUGAAAAGAUUUUCACCGUUUAGGAAAUCCGAUUCGAUCCGUUCCGUGUUUUUUCCGUAUCGAGGUUGAAGUCCCUCGAGAGCUUAGUCGUAGGAUUUGGUUUAACCGCGUGAGAGUGACAAAUCGCUUAGCCCGAGUGAUACUAAUUAGUUUAUGAAAUCGGCACACAGCGCCAGUGAAUAGCUAUGUUUCUAAGCAAAACUAAAGCCACUGAGAAGUGGCUGGAUGCGCAGUGCGAUGGAACUGCUGCACUCCAUACGCUACCAUCCUGCAUGUCCCUCUGCGACUUGAAGAAUGACAACUACUACCAACUGGUCAUCGUUGACGUUCCGCUGUUCGAUUUUGACGCUAAACCCAAACUCAAAGUUUACAAGGGAACUAACCUCACUAGCGAGCAGAACCUUCCGGAGAUUCCUUCCUCAGUGGAAUGUUUCUACUUGGACGAGCCAGAACCCAGGAUUCCUAUCAUCGCCGUAGCGAUUUCCUCUUACGUCCUUUUCUAUCGGAACAUGAAACCCUAUUACAAGUACACCGUUCCAGAAAUGGACAUCGAUCCGCUUGAAGUUGACACCUGGCACAAACUUCAAACCGCUCGUCCGGAAAACGUGGACAAACUGAUUGACAAUCUACGCACCCUGCAGUUGUCUCAGCUCACCGAACAAUCCCAACAACUUCUGAGCCUCCCUGAAGACAAACGCGAAUCGUUCAUCCAUAACUCCACCACCACAUCCGACAACAAGCUGAAACGUAUCUCGACCAUCACUGCAAUGGUUUCGAUCAAGAAAGUUGCAAACGACUCCAAAUCGGCAUCAUGCUUGAUCUUGGCCGUUGAGUCCAGUGAGAUCUUCAUACUGGACACGCAAGCAUUCGUGGUGCUGCAUCAAGCCCGGGCGUGCAACUAUCAAGGGACACCCAGCAUGAUCUCGGCCACCGGCCAGUAUGAUGUCGACUUUCGCCUGGUGAUCUCUACCCGCGAAGGUUAUCUGUGCUUGUUGCGCAAAGGAUGGCCCGUGGGUCAGCAUAUCGUCAAGCUGGAAUAUCCUUCCGCCGGUUUGGCACUGCUGCCGAUCGACCAAACGAUCGUAGUCGUUUGCAUGAACAACUACCUUCUGUGCUACUCGAAGAAGGGCAAAAAGCUCUGGUCGGUAACGUUGCCACAGCCGGCGGUUUGCAUGACUCCGGUCCCGUUGCCGCAUCUCGGUAUUAGCUUGGUCUGUGUGGCGCUUCGCGGUGGAUUGGUACAGUUCUACUGUCAGAAGAAGCUGGUUGAUCAGUUCUACGCUCCGGAGACUGUGUCGGCAAUGACCUUUGGCCGUCUGGGUCAGGAGGAGCACGUACUGAUCCUGGUCACUUCCGACGGGUCACUGAUCGUGAAAAUCCUGAAGCGAACGGCCGAGUUUUCGACCACGGAUAAUAUCUACGAUAUAAAGACAGCCAGUGAAGAGGCAUCUGGGAGCCUGCAGAUCCCGAAGAAGACGAAGAUCUUCGUGGAACAGACCUUGAGGGAGAAGGAACAUGCAGCUGCGAUUCAUAAUUCGUUUCAGUCCGAGUUGUGGCGAAUGCGGUUGACGGCGGCCAGGGCCACGGUGGACGUCAUAAAUUCGGCUGAUAGCAACGUCAGUGGGGACGUUGGAUUGGCGCCGAUCAAAAUGGCUGCGGAAGUGUUGGGAUUGGGACCGGUGUUCAAGCUGUAUCUGGUUUUGGAAAAUAUAUCAGCCCGGAAGGAAGCCAGUGGAUUGAAUGUGCUAAUUCAGGCGGAUCAUCGUCAUUAUUUAGCGGAUCGUCCGUAUUUGAAGCUGCCGAUGUUGGUACCGGGAGCACCACUAAAGUUGGACUUCAAAGUUACGGUGGUGACUGAUCCGAGCGAUGGACUCGCCCCGGUAGAUUUGACGCCAGAGAACUCGUUCAUCAAAGUUCUGAUUUUUAAAACGGGACAUACUAAACCGCUCAUUGCUUCAACGGUAGUGAUGCCGCAGCCAGAACCGCAAAUAUUGGGCACGUUUUGAGCGAUCAUGUUUCAACGUAAUACAGUUUCCGUCCAUGUGAAUGAUAACAUCUUUAAAGUUAGAAGCUUUAUGAUAAUUAAAUUAUUAAAUUUUAGUGUUUCAUUGAAAUUUGUUUUCCAUUCGUGAUAUAUUUU